AUGGCCGCAAGCGUUGUGCUCUUGGGCGACCCGCGGCUUCGCGUUGUCAGCGCUGCCGUGCCCGACGUUGCCGAGUCCCAGUUCGUCUCCGAACGGCGCACACUCGAGGCCACCCUCCAAAAGUUUCGCCAGGACAAUGGGUUCGGGCGGGCCAUCUCGGCACCUCAGAUCGGCGUCAACAAGCGGCUGAUCGCACUCGACCUGGGGAAGGAGGGUGGAGGGGCGUUCUGCAUGGUCAAUCCACUCAUCACCCACCGAUCGGACGAGACCUUUACCAUGUGGGACGAUUGCAUGAGCUUCCCCUGGCUCUUGGUCAAGGUGCGCCGCCACAAGAGCAUCUCCGUCGAGUACCAGGACGAGGAGGGCAACACCAAGAAGUGGGAAAACAUCAACCAAGCCGUAUCUGGUGUGCUGGCUGUUGAUCGAGCCGAGACCAACAGGGACCUCAUCAGCCGCGCGGUCUACGACUCCAUGCGUGACCACUUCGACGCGCAGGUGGACUACCACAUCACUCCCACCAUCUAA